AUGAGCAGCAACACAGGAUUCUGCGCCGAUUGUGUUAAAGGUGUGAGACACGAGGGAACUCCAACUGGAAAAUGGGAGACCAUCGGUGGCGUGCAGAGCUACGUAGCGACACCUGAAGGCGACUACCCCAAGGACAAAGUUAUUCUCUACCUCGCGGACGUAUUUGGCCCUCAGCUUCCCAAUGCCCAGACCGUCAUCCCCGAUUACCUGAAUGGGGACCCUAUCCCCGCCGAUGGAUUGAACCCUGGAUCCACCUUCGACCUCAUGAAAUGGCUUGCAUCGCACGGAAAGGAGCAAACCCGCCCUCCUCUCGACAAGGUCAUCAAUGCUUUGAAAGAACAAGGCGUCAAAACCUUCGGCGCAGUUGGAUACUGCUUUGGUGGCCGCUAUGUCUUCGACCUUGCGUUCGAGAACAUCAUCUCAGUCGCAGUCGCCAACCACCCCACUUUCGUCCAAGCUCCAGAGGAUAUCGAGAAAUAUCUUACCUUGUCCAAGGCACCUCUUCUCAUCAACAGCUGCGAAUUCGACGAGCGCUUCCCCAUCGAAGCUCAAGCCAUCACCGACUCGAUCCUCGGCGACGGGAAAUUCGCACCGGGUUACAAGCGCACGUACUGGGAAGGAUGUACCCACGGAUUUGCUGUUCGAGGCGAUCUUUCCAACCCCAAGGUUAAGGCUGGCAAGGAGGGCGCGUUCGACGCUGCUGUCAAGUGGUUCAAGGAGAAAUUGUAA